AUGGACGCAGCGGCGGAGGUCGACCACCUCGCGGCCGAGAGGGACGCCGCGCUCUUCGACGUCGAGGAGAUGAAGGUUGCGUGGGCUGGCUCGCGACACGCCGUCGAAGUCGGCGACCGCAUGGCCCGACUCGUCGCGUCCGACCCUGUCUUCCGCAAGGAUAACAGGACCAUGCUCUCCAGGAAGGACUUGUUUAAGGACACUCUAAGAAAGGCAGCCCACGCAUGGAAGCGUAUUGUCGAACCACGCCUUACAGAGGAGGAAGCAGGUAUGCUGAGGCUAUACGGCAUGUUUGUUCCUGCUAUAAAAGGUCAAGGUACUGAGGAGCAGCAGAAGAAGUGGUUGCCUAUGGCUUACAAGUUCCAAAUAAUUGGGUGCUAUGCUCAGACUGAACUUGGUCACGGCUCAAACGUUCAGGGCCUUGAAACAACUGCUACAUUUGAUCCAAAGACUGAUGAGUUUGUCAUCCACAGUCCAACUCUGACCUCCAGCAAAUGGUGGCCUGGUGGCUUGGGGAAAGCUUCCACCCAUGCAGUGGUGUAUGCUCGGCUGAUAACUGAAGGAAAGGACUAUGGUAUACAUGGUUUCAUUGUGCAACUGCGAAGCUUAGAGGAUCACUCCCCGCUUCCUGGUGUUACCCUGGGUGAUAUUGGUGGAAAAUUUGGUAGCGGUGCAUAUAACAGUAUGGACAAUGGUGUUCUCUUGAUUGACCAUGACCAUAAAAAGAUACCAAGGGAUCAAAUGUUGAUGAGGCUUUCACAAGUUACUAGGGAGGGGAAAUAUGUUGAUUCAGAUGUCCCAAAGCAGCUGCUUUAUGGGACAAUGGUUUUUGUUCGUCAAACAAUAGUCCGCCAUCCAAAGCAGUUUGGCUCUCAAGAUGGUGGCCCUGAGACUAAGGUCCUUGACUACAAGACUCAACAAAGCAGACUCUUUCCAUUGCUGGCUUCAGCAUAUGCAUUUAGAUUCGUGGGUGACUGGCUCAAGUGGCUAUACAUGGAUGUCACUCAGAAAUUGGUAGCUAAAGACUACUCAACACUGCAAGAAACCCAUGCCUGUACCGCUGGUUUGAAGGCCGUGACAACAUCUGCAACAGCUGAUGCCAUUGAAGAAUGCAGAAAGCUCUGUGGUGGACAUGGUUACUUGAACAGCUGUGGGCUUCCUGAAUUGUUUGCUGUCUAUGUUCCUGCUUGCACUUAUGAAGGGGACAAUAUUGUUCUGCUUUUGCAGGUUGCAAGGAUUCUAAUGAAGACUGUAUCCCAAUUGGCAUCUGGAAAACAACCUGUUGGUACAAUGGCUUACAUGGGCAAUGUACAAUAUCUGAUGCAAUGCAAAUGUGCUGUUAACACAGCCGAAGACUGGCUUAACCCUGUUGCCAUACAAGAGGCAUUUGAAGCCAGGGCUCUCAGGAUGGCAGUAAACUGUGCCCAGAACAUAGGCCAAGCAGCAAGCCAAGAAGAAGGUUUCUAUGAGCGGUCCCCAGAUUUGCUAGAGGCUGCAGUAGCUCACAUCCAGUUAAUCAUUGUAACCAAGAACAACUCCAGAACCUUUGCAAUGUUUAUGCCUCUACAUUCUUCACAAGCACCUGGGCGACUUCCUGGCAACUGGGUGCAUCACACCAAGCAGGGAGCGUUGGCAAAUGAGCAGCUUGGCAAGCUUUACGCACAGGUGCGUCCAAAUGCUGUUGCGCUGGUGGAUGCGUUCAACUACACAGACCACUACCUGGGGUCGGUGCUGGGGCGGUAUGACGGGAAUGUGUACCCGGCCCUGUACGAGGAGGCAUGGAAGGACCCUUUGAAUGAGACGGUGGUGCCUGAGGGGUACCAUGAGUACCUCCGCCCCUUGCUCAAGCAGCAGCUCAAGGUCUCCAGGCUCUGA